AUGUGGGAACUGGGGGUCCUGAAGGUGGGGCUGUGGGCACUGGGGGUCCCGAGGGGGACGGUGCGGCCAUUGGGGGUCCCGACGGGGACGAUGUGGGAACUGGGGGUCCUGAAGGUGGGGCUGUGGGCACUGGGGGUCCCGAGCGGGAGGCUGCCCAGCACUGGCCCCGAGCGGCUUGUCUGUCCUGCAGCCGGAGUCAGGGCGGCGGCUACGGGGACCGGAGCUCGGGCGGGUCUUACAGGGACAGCUACGACAGCUACGGUAAGUGUGGCCCCGAGGGACCUGCCGGGGCUGAGGCGGGGCCGGGAGCCUCCACGACCUCUGGCUUUGGCGGGCGCCACGCUCGGACCUCGGCUCGGGGUGCCCGUCACAGGCGCUGCCCGUCCCCCCAGCGCAGCAGACCGGACUGACGUAGGGAAGGGCAGUGAGUGCGGCCGAGGUCCGCACGUGCGUGUGGCCCGCCGCCGGGGGGUUGGUGCCCGGCCGCCGUCCAGGGCCGCGGGGUGCGCGCGCCGGGUGCUGCUUCGUGCCUUUACACUCUGCCUGCUUCUUGUUCUCAGCUACACACAACGAUCCUUUCUGUUCGGUCUUGUCGCGCAGCCUGACCGCCUCCGCCCUGGCGGGGCUGCGAGGGCGCCGGGAGGUUUAACCCGCCGCCGCCUCCCGUCGCCUCUCGUCACGAGCCAUGAGUUCUGUUUUUUGGAAACGGCCCGGGGUCCGCUCUGUGCCGGAGCUGAACGAGCCGGGGCUUUUCCCCACCUCGGCGAUGGUCAGGGCGGCAGGGUAGGCAGCGGGGUGCGGCCCAGGCCGGGGGGCUCGCUGGCCGGAAACGCCUGCGGUUCAGCUAGGCCCGGUGGCGGGGCGACGGGCGCGGGCAGCCCCGGGGCUCUCGGCGGCGCGGCCGGAGGGCCCGGAGGGCUGGGCAGCUUGGCGGGCCGGACGCUGACGGACACGGACGGGCCCCCGAUGCGGGAGCGCUGCCCGGCCCCCGACGGCCCUCUGCCUCCGGCCAGCCGGGCGGCCUGGGCACGCGGCGCCUGUCCCCGCGCUGUGACCCGGACGCAGGAUUGGAGACCAGGGGACGCCCGCCCCGCCUCGGUCACUCUGACGCCGCCGGCCGCCGUGACCAACGGGAGCCGGCCGGACCCGCCGCUCAACGGCACUCGCUCGCCGGGCUCCGCGGGCGCCUCGCUGCUGCGCUCCUUCUACGUGCUCACGGGCUUCAGCGGCCUGGCCGCGCUCUACUUCCUCAUCCGGGCCUUCAGGUUGAAGAAGCCCCAGCGACGGCGGUAUGGCCUCCUGGCCAACAGCGAGGACACUGCUGAGAUGGCCUCUGUGGACAGCGACGAGGAGACCACUGUCUUCGAGUCCAGGGACCUGAGAUGCAGCCUGACCUCCGCCAACCCUGCCCCACGGCCUGAGGUCGCUCGGCAGUCCCCCACCCGGACUGUCUCCAGAGUCUUCCCUCAGCAGCGCACGGCGGCCUCACGCCUGGGGAUGGCCCUGUGA